UCACAUCUCUUCAAACUGAUCUCUGCUAGUGCACGCGUAUUUGGGAAUUCAUAGUUAGCUACGUUGUUAUUCACGUUCCCAUAUAUUCUGUGUUUAGCUAGCUAGUAAUCUGUUUACCGUUCCCUUUUAAAAGCUCCUUCUGUACAAAGUUGUCGAAGUGGCAGUUGUUUAAAUAUUUUGUCACUAUGGAUGUUUGGAGAAAGUUUCGUCGCUCCCACAACUUGUAUUGGUCCGCUUUCGUGGCGUGUUAUUGUAGCCAGUAACGUAACGUUACUGUUAGCUAGCUUAGCAUAGGUCGGUGGCUUUCCCAGACAAAUCUCAGCCUUUCCUGUUUACUCUUGGACGGCAGGAGUUGAGCACUUUAUUCCAGGGACUCGGCCUAGUCUAGUAGUGACUUUCUUCUAAGGUAUCUCACCAAUCUUCAAGGCCUCCAAAAUGUCGAUUUUAGGAUUAAAAAAGAAACAACCAAAGACUUUUAAGGUCAAAGUCAUCACUAUGGAUGCUGAAAUGGAGUUUAGUUGUGAGGUGAAAUGGAAAGGGAAGGACCUGUUUGAUCUGGUGUGUCGGACAGUGGGUCUGAGGGAAACCUGGUUCUUUGGGCUCCGGUACACAGUGAAGGAAACCUAUGCAUGGCUGAAAACAGAGAAACGGGUCUUGGAUCAAGAGGUCCCUAAAGACUCGCCGAUAACGUUUCACUUCCUGGCCAAAUUCUUCCCAGAGAAGGUAGAAGAAGAGCUGGUGCAGGAAAUCACACAACACCUCUUCUUCCUGCAGGUGAAAAAGCAAAUAUUAGACGAGGAGAUUUUCUGUUCUCCUGAAGCCUCUGUUCUGUUGGCGUCAUACGCUGUUCAAGCCAAGUAUGGGGACUAUGAACCAAACUUUCACAAGCCAGGGUUCUUGGCCCAGGAUGAGCUCCUACCUAAAAGAGUUCUGAUGCAGUACCAGAUGACCGCAGACAUGUGGGAGGAGAAGAUCACAGCCUGGUACGCAGAGCACAGAGGCAUCGCCAGGGAUGAGGCGGAGAUGGACUACCUGAAGAUAGCUCAGGACCUGGACAUGUAUGGAGUCAGCUACUUUGCCAUCACUCAAAAUAAACGAGACACAGACCUGCUCCUCGGUGUAGAUGCCCAGGGCCUUCAUAUUUACAGCCCCAACAGCAAACUGAACCCCAACAAGUCUUUCCCCUGGAGCGGCAUCCGCAACAUCUCCUACAGCGAGAAGGAGGUAACCACGUUCACAAUAAAACCUCUGGACAAGAAGAAAGAUGUUUUCAAAUUCUACUCCUCCCAACUGAGAGUCAACAAACUGAUCCUGCAGCUGUGCAUUGGGAACCAUGACCUCUUCAUGAGGAGGAGGAAGGUGGACUCCAUCGAGGUGCAGCAGAUGAAGUCUCAGGCCAAGGAGGAGAAGGCCCGCAAAAAGGUGGAGCGUCAGAUCCUGGCGCGUGAGAAGCAAAUGAGGGAGGAGGCAGAAAGAGCGAAGGAGGAGAUGGAGAGACGGCUGUUCCAGCUGCAGGACGAGGCACGGCUGGCCAAUGAGGCGCUGCUGCGUUCAGAGGAGACUGCAGACCUGCUGGCGGAGAAGGCCCAGAUUGCCGAGGAGGAGGCCAAGCUGUUGGCCCACAAGGCUGCCGAGGCGGAGCAGGAGAGGCAGAGGAUAGAGGCCACGGCCCUCAAGACCAAGGAGGAGAAGAGACUGAUGGAGCAGAAGAUGAGGGAGGCAGAGCAGCUGGCCGUCAAACUGGUGGAGCAGUCAGAGAGGAGGUCGAAGGAGGCGGACCAUCUGAAGCAGGACCUGACGGAGGCCAAGGAUGCUGAGAGGAGAGCCAAGCAGAAACUCCUGGAGAUCACCAAGACCACUUACCCGCUCAUAGCGGCCUACUCCACCCCCCCUCCUCCCCCAGAAGGAGGAGACCUAGCUCUGGGAUCCGGAUCGAUGCGGAUCGACUUUAAAGACUCUGAUAUGAAGAGACUGUCAAUGGAGAUAGAGAGGGAGAGACUGGAGUACGUGGAGAAGAGUAAACACCUGCAGGACCAGCUGAAGGAGCUGAAGUCGGAGAUUGAGUCUCUGAAGCUGGAGGAGCAGCAGCAGCAGCAGGCUGGGGUCUACGGCCUCCGCAACGAGUCCCGCGGCUACCCCCCAGAACCACCCUACAUGCCCCAUAGUAAUAGAAACUCCGCCUACAUGGCUCAGAUGGCUUUUUUUGAGGAAGUGUGAUCCAACUGCCAUUGGAUGAAACAGGGCUAGGCUAAGUGCCAUUGGAAGACACGCAGGGAGGCGGGACAUUGGUUGUGACUCAUCGUUCCUGAAUACCAAGAUAUGCCUACUUCAUCUAUUUUUGUUUUGUGCCUGACAAAAGGAACACACACACACACACUCCCACACUCCCAGUGACACUCCAGAAAGACUGUGUGCUUUGGAAAGAUUUGUAUUCCUCAGAUGACACACACACACACCACAACACUGCAGGUUUUCCUUCCAGUUUUCCGUUAUGUUUUAUGAACUUUAUAAUACACUAUUUGAUACAGCCCUAGUUACACUGCCUGUGGGCGUAUAUUAUCAAAGACGGUGCUGUGUUCUGUGGAAGUGUUUUACUUUAAUGUUUGCUUUUUAAAGGGAUGCCUGGUAGUGUGAUAGAGGUUUGACAGAGGUAUAUUAUCCAAUAUGACUGACUCUACACUACAGUGUGCCUUUAGGAGUAUACCCCUCUCCUCUCUCUCUCUCUCUCAGCGACCAGGAUCAUGUCUGUCAAGCUACCAGGUUUCAGGUGUGAUACCUUGCCUUCGCUGAAUAAUGUCUUACUUUACUCAGUCGUUGUUGUUGUUGUAGCAUGGUUGUCUGAUCGCCUCUAGAGCAACAUGCAUGUGUCUUAGCCUCACAUUAUGUCCGUUCUGGAUGCUCCUCCUAACCAUUAUCAAUUCAAAACUGUCAUUUCAACACUUCUCUUUUUUUUGUGUUUUAGUUCGUUGACGUACCUUAAUAUGCAAUCCCUCGUUCACUAGUGCCUGUUAUGCAACGUCCCAAAAAGCACUCUAUUCCCUAUUUAGUGCACUGCUUUUGACCAGGGCCCUAUUUAGUGCACUGCUUUUGACCAGGGCCC